AUGCGCAGCACACGUGUUUGUCCACAUGACGAAGAUGGCGGCGAUGAGUGCCCGUGAUGAUGUCUCGGAAUUUUGACCGUAUUUGCGGAAACACAAGCGGGUAACGAUUCAGCUGCGGAAACAUAUUUCGCCCUCUAUGAUCCUAAAAAGCAGUUUUGAGAUCUAAACCAUGCUGAAGUGGUUCGGCUCCGACGACGCCGGCGCUUCACCCGGAGCCAGCAAUGAGGGAGGUGUUAACCCCUCUCUCUCCGAGGAGACGGAGCGCUUGGCUCAGAUGGAGCAGCUUGUGUCUCAGUUGAAAGAGAUGAUCCGAGAAAAAGAUGCAGCUUUAAACACAAAAGAUGAAAAACUCAAGGCUGAAAAAGAGACGUACGAGGCGAAGCUUUCGAAGAUGCGGCUCCAGAACAAAGCAAAGGUCACGUCUCUAAACUCACAGCUGGAGGAGCUGAGAAAACAGCAGGGGGAGCCAGUGGGCAAAACCGCAACACCACAACUCAAACGGAUUGGAAGUGGAGAUUCGGGGGACUCUGAGCACACCGGAGCCAGCAGAGGGAAAAUCUUGUUGCUUAAAAGGAAAGUGGAAGACCUUGAGCAGCAGCUUGCACAAAGAAACCAGGAGCUGCAACUGAAGACACAGGAGCUGGAAGCCCAGAGGGGGCGCGGUGCUGAAAUGGAUGCCAUGUUGGUGGAAAAGGAUAAAUGCCUGGCUGAGAAAGAGGACUACAUCAUUCACUUACAAAUGGCUAUUGGUGGAGAGAAAGCAGUUAAAACAGUGGAGGAAAUAACACCGGAAAACAAGGAAUCAUCAGUGCAGGAGCUGCAGAUGCUGGUGAAAAACCUGACGAAAAAGGUCGGAGAUGGAGAGGAGAAGUACAGUCUCCUAAAGGAGCAGAGCGACAGCUUCAGGGAGUUGCUGGUCACAGAAAGAGCUCAGUUUGAAGAGAAGGAGAACAUGUACAAGCAAAAUAUCCAGACAUUUAAGGACAUCAUUUUACAAAAAGACCACAGAUUAACGGAGAUCAAUCAAUUGCAUGAACAGGAGCUUUUUAAACUUGCAGCAAAGUCAGAUGCUAGUGCAGAUCUUGAGCAGCUUUUAAAAGCUCUGAAACAGAAACUGCACGAAAAGGAAGAGGUUCUUCUGGGGAAAACCCAGGUGAUCGACGUCCUUCAGGGAGAAGUGGAUGGAAGAGAUCAGCAAAUCCAGGAGCUGAACGAGCGUUCGAGACGUCUACAGAGCGAGAAGGAAAACCUUCAGUCUAAGAUGGAUGCCGAGAAGCACAUCAUGCGUACUCAGGUUCGAGACCUCAUGGAGAAGCACCAAGAGGAACUGAAGAAAGUGACGGAGAAAUAUGAGAGGGAGAUGUCCGAGAAAGAGAUGAUGUCCUCCACUUUAAUCACCACAUCUGCAGACUUGCCCGUUGACCCAUCGAUAAAGCAGAGACUCUCAGAUCUUGAAGCCCAAGUCAAGCUAAAGGCAGAAGAGGCCAGCAAAUCAGAGGCAAAGUUUUUAAAGAUGAAAGCCUGGUCCAAAUCCCGCACCCGACAGCUGGAAGACGAGCUGAAGAAAGCACAGUGUGAAAAUACGACCCCAGAUGUAGACGCACUCCGCAGCCGUGUUAAUGCACUUGAGGAGGAGCGAGAAGAGCUGCUGUGUAAACUCGAGCAAUACGAUGAACUUAAAACCAAGAAUGAUGUUUUGGAGGCCAAGCUGGUGGUUUAUGAGGAACAGCAGAGGAAAAUGCAGGCAGACUUGGAACAGGUCACCAAAAGAGCCGCCUCCCAGGCGAGUGAAUCUGGAAGCAUGGAUGAUGCUCAGAGUCAGGUGAUGGAGUGGCAGGAUAUGAUUGCCAUGGUGGCUGAAGCUGAAGAGUCACGGAAUCAGAUCCGAGAGGAGAAAACCGCACUGGAAAUCCGCAUGAGCCACAUAGAGGAGGAAAGAGAGGAACUGAUUGAGGAUGACUGGUUCUUUCCUGGCUGCUCCGAUCCAGCACUGGCCGAUCGGCAGCGGGAGUUGGAGGAGGAGUUGGCUCAGGCUCGAGGGCUCCGUCCACAAAAGGGCAAGAAGACGGGAAGCUCCGCCCCUCGCAACCUGCAGGAGGACUUUGAGGAGUUCGACAACAGGUCAUCGUUCCCUGAUUCCCACAAUCCCUCUGGCAGCAUCACUCCAAUGGAAGGGGAGAAUAUGGGAGGUUGGUGGCCCGAAUUCACUGCCUCAAACACAGAGGGUCUAAGGUCUGUUGUGGAAGAAUUGGAGCUCGAAAGAAAUCAACUGCAGGAGCAAAUCCUUGGACUGGAAGAGCGGUGUCAAGACUUGGAGGAUCGGCUGCAGUUGCAGGCUCGCAUUGAGUCCCUACAGAACGAAUCUGAGAAACUUCAAGCCCAACUUACCAGCCUUCGCAACCAGCAAAGCCGAGACGCUGAAAAGCAUCAGCUCCUUGUCACAAGUUUGAAUGAACAACUCAAAGGGUUGAGCAGCACACAGGAGUGUCUCGAAUCAUCUCUGAUGGAGAAAGAGCACACGCUCGCCCAAACCUCAGAAAAACUGGAGCUUAUUGACGGUCUGAGAGAUGCACUGAAGGAGAAGGAGGAGCAGCACAGAGAAGCUGCUGAUAAACUACUGCAGACUGAAAACAACUUGAAUGAAGUGACGAAGAAGUGCAGUACAUUUGAGAAGCAGUGCACAGAAAUGAAAGCAACAGUUGCAGAUCUCAUGCAGAAGAUUAAUGUGCUGAAGGAGAAGACACAGAGACAAGACGCUACAAUUGAAUCGUUGCAGAGCGACUUGGAUCAAACCAAUGAUGAGCUUGACAAGCUAAACACCACCCAUUUAGAAGAAAGAGCGCAGCUGAUUCAUGAUCUCCAGAGCUGUGAGCGAGAAAUCGACAGCCUUAAAGAUGUUAUUGCUGACAAGGACAAAGAGAUUUCGGCUCUUUCGGGCAGUAUGGAGGAAUAUGCGGAACAAAUUCAAGAGCUCAAACAGGAUAUAACACAUAAAGAGGAGGAUUUGGUUCGUAUUGAGAGUGCUCUGGUUAAAGCUGAAAAGGAAGCUAAAAUUAUUAGAGAGUCACAGUCUUCUGAUCAGCAUUCCCUUAAUAUGAAAAUAGCUGAGCUGGUGGAACAACUAGGGGUCAAAGAGAGCGAACUAAAUGAGGCCCGAAAAGAGAACGAGUCAAAGUUAACGGAAAUUAAGAAACUGCUCAGUCAACUGGAAGAGGACAAGCUGAAAAUACAAGAUCUCAACGUGGAAAUUCAGAAGCUGCAUACAAGUCAGCGCGCUCAUCUCACCGAAUGCGAAACUCAAAUUUCAGAACUGAAGGUACAAAUGGUUGCCGCUACUCAAAAACUCCAAGACUCGGAGAAUGUUUUCGAGCAACUAAAGGAGACAAAAAAUUCAAACGAGAAGCUUAAAGAGCAGAUCCUCGACCGGGAGCAGACUUAUGAGAAGGAGAUGAAGACUCUCAAGGAUGAACGCAACAAGUUGCUGGCAGAGGUUACAAAAUAUAAUAACGAACUUCAGUCUCUAUCCACUCAGCUUCAAGCCCAGGUCAAGUGCCAGGAGCAGGUCAAGCUAGGGGUCGAGGAGAAACUGGAGAUUAUAACGUCGCUGGAGGAAAAGCUUAAGAAUGUACAGGAAAAGGCAGAAGAAGAAAAGAUGAUGCUGGAAAAAGAGCUGGUUGGCAAAACGAAGAGCAUUUCAAAGCUGGAAGCAAAGUUAAAAACACUUAAGGGGGAAAAUCUAGGUCUUCAGAAAUCUCUUGAGGAGAAUUCACAGACCCAAAAACAGCUUUUGCAAGACUCCCAGGGACAAAUGGAAGAGAUGCAAAACCAGAAUGUCACUUUGCAGUCCCAAUUGGAGGACCUCACCAAAGAGAAUCGUAUUCUAAAGCAGGAAAUUGAGAAUAAGGUUCAGUCACUGCAACAGGUUUCAGAGGAGAAAGACGUGCUGCUGAGGAAAACAGCAGAACUUGAAUCGCAGCAUGUGGAAAACAGCAAACUGUUAGAGGAUCUGGUUAAGGAGAAGGAGAAGCUCGAUGGUAGAGCCACAGAACUUGAGCAAAACAAGCAGUCUCUUUCUGAUCAUUUGUUGGAGAGGACAAGCGAGUGUAGUCAGCUUAAAGAAUCUUUGGAGAGCAGUAAAGAUCUGGUCAGUCAUUUACAAAGCCAAAUUGAGGCCUUGAACACUCAGGUUGACCAAUUAAACUGUAAAAUAUCAGAAAAUGAGCUGUCUCUGAGCGAAAAGAGGGCACAAAUAGACGCUCAGCAAAAUCAACUCAUUCAUCUGGAGGAGACUCUAAAUUCAGGGCGGUUGGAGAAGGAUAGCCUUUUACAGCAACAAACAUCUCAGUUCACUGAUUUACAGAACGAACUUGUACAACAGAGGGACCUUUUUUCAAAGCUUCACAUUGAGUGCGAUUCCCUCCGAGAAGAAUGUACACAACUCCGCCAAAGCUUUCAGGAACAAAAUACAGCUCUCAGUGAUAAAACUCUUGAGUGUCAAACCCAUAGAGAUGAACUGGACAAGAGGAACACAUCUCUUGCUUCUCUCACCAGUCAGUUAGGGACCAUGAAUGAGCUCAAUGCCAAGCUUGAGGCUGAAAAUGGUGACGUGAAGAAGUCCCUAGAAGAGUUGCUUGCCAAUAACAAGAACCUAACUGAUGAAUUAUCUUUAAGGCAGGCUAAUAUCAUCGAGCUCCAUAACAGCAUUCAUGCCCUGAGCACACAAAACCAACAAAUACGAGCUUUAUAUGAGAAUAAAGAGAAGGAGCUAGCCGAACUAAGUCAGGAGGUGUCUGAAAUGUAUAAAAAGGUAGCUAUGACCCUGGAAGAGAAAGGAAAUUUCGCUUCUCAAGUCUCCGUACUUACCGAGCAAAAUAAUCAAGUUAAAAAAGAACUAGAGGAGUUAGCCUUGGAAAGAAGUGCGUUAAACGAUAAAAUAUCCGGGUUAGAGAUGCAGCAUGCAGAAAACCGUAAAAUUAUAGAGGGCUUGCUUAAAGACAAAGAAGAUCUUAGCGAAACAAUCAAGCAAAACCACGAGACCAUACUUGAAAAGACCACUGAAUGUGAAUCACUCUCAGGACAGCUAAACAAGAGCAAAGACACUGUGAACCGUCUGAGUGAAGAGGUAACGAUGUCAAAUUCUCAGUUUAGCAGCCGCUUUGCUGAAAAAGACCAGGUCAUUUCAGAUCUACGCAAACAGCUCGAGUGCUAUCAGGACCAGCUUACUCAGCUGCAAGAGACUCUCUCAUUACUUCAGGAACAGAGCAGUGCUCUGAAGUCAGGACUUAUGGAGAAAGACACUCUUUUACAACAGCAGUCUAAGGAGUGUUCCUCCUUACAAGGUGAGCUUGAUUAUCAAAGAGAGCUUUAUGCAAAUCUCCAAACUGAGAACGAGAGGCUUAAAGGGGAAUGCUUACAAUCGGUCGAGGAUUCGAAAGCAAAAGAAGUUGAAUGUUGUAAACACACCGACGAGCUCAACAAGAGAAACGAGUCACUCGUUUCCCUCAGUAGUCAGCUGGGAACCAUGAACGAACAUGUUGCGAAGCUCCACUCAGAAAAUGAACAUCUUAAAAGUUCUUUGGAGAAUCGUUUGGCAGAAAGUGCAACACUGAAAGAGGAGCUGACCCAGAAACAAGUCGAGCUUGUGAAUCUUCAAGAUAACAUCCAGGCACUAAGUGAGGCAAAUAGUACAAUGAAAGCAGAGCUCCAAAGAUCAGUAGAAGAGAGUUCCACAAGGCAGGAAGAAAUCGGUCUUCUCCAGUGUCGGUUGUCCGACAGGAAUGCAGACUUGACUUCUUUGACGCAACAGCUGGCAACCGAGCGUUCCAAAGCUGAAAGCUUAAAUCUGGAGUUGCAGCAAAAAGAAGAGUCUUUUAGACAACAGGAGACAUUCUUGAGUCAAUUGCAGCUCAGAUUUGAAUCAGGCGAAGGUCAGAUCAGUCAGAAAAUGGAAGCCCUCGCUGAUCUACAGAGGGACGUUCAGAACUUACAAAGAUCACUGCAGGAAAAAGAUGUCUUUCUGCUCAAGAAGGAUCAAGAGAUCUCGCAGUUGAGCGCAAAAAUAAAAGCAGAUUCAGAGGUGUCUGAAGUACAAAUUAAAUCAGACAUGGAUGUCAUCUCUAAAUUGCAAGCAGACUUGCAGGUAUUGCUUGCGGAAAAUGACAGACGCGGUGUUGCUCUUGCGGAGAAGAAUUCUUUAUUGAAGAAUGAAGUAGAGAAGCUGCUGAGUAUGAAGGCCAGCACUACUGCGCUUGAAGUAAAAAUCUCACAACUGACUUGUGAAGCACAGGGUUCAUCUUUAGAGACCACACAACUCAGGGCUGCACUUGCUGAGAAAGAGCAGGUCCUUCUAGACUCUAUGUCUGUUCACUCUGCAGAGAUCAGCAGCCUGAAUGAAACGCUGAAAUUAAAGGAUUUGGAAAAUGACAACAUAAGACAAGAGUUGACCAAACUCAAGGAAUCCGUUUCGGACUUGAGCAGCAACCUUAGUGAGCAAACUGCAGAGGUAACAAGAUUAAAAGCCGCCCUUGAAGAACGUGGUUGCACUGUGGUGGAGCAAACCCAAGCUUUGCAGGAACUUCAGAGGAAAGCCGAUGAAGCUGCAUUGUUCAAGAGUCAAUUUAUGGAAAGUACAGAACUAGUGUCUGAGCUGCAAAGUCAAAUUCUGGCUCUCAAGGAAGAGUCGAUGAGGCUUUCCACAACCGUAGAAGAGAAGCAAAGUGCCUUAAUGAACCUUCAGGAUAAAUUUGCAUUGCAAGUCGAAGACCUUCAAGAAACAAAGAUUCAGCUGUCUGAGAAGAAUGAAGAAUUGCUAAACCUUAACCAUAUGAUAAGUGAGCGAGACAGACAACUUCACGCUCUCCAACAGGAGUCGUCAUCAUUGCAGAAUGAGGUCCAACAGCUGCGGUUGUUUAGUGCUGAACUUUCUAAGCAAAAGGACGACGCAUUAGUUGCCCAGCAAAUGAACGCCAAUUCCCUGACAUUAGAAAUUGAGAGAUUGAGGGAACAACACCUUCAAGUUGCAGCCCAGGUCAAUUCCCUGACUGAGAACCUCGAGCAAAGGGAACUGGCUCUACAUGCUAUCAAUAGUCAAUACACUUCUCAGGUAAAACAUACCGAGCAUACGAUGUCAGAGAUGCAGAAAAUGAGUGAGUUGUGCAAGAAGCUGCAAGAAGAAAAUCGUUCGGCCAAGCAGGAGCUCGAUCGAGUCAACAACGAAAGAACACAAAAGGAAGAGGAGUUCCAUAAAUUAGUUCAGGAAAAAGAGGAAUUCAGUAGGAAAUACAGUUCUGAAACUCAGAGGACACAAGAACAACUGCAGCAACGUGGUAGCAUGGAGAAAAUGAAGACCGAGAUGGAGCAACUCCACAUCCAGAACACCAAGCUGGUGGAGUUGAAGCAGAAAUAUGAUGACCAACAGAGGGCACUACAACAAACACACACCUACAAACAACAAUGUGAAAAGGACAUACUGGGAUACCAGACUGAGCUGGAAGAGUUGAGGUCCGAAAAGUGCCGACUGCAGUCUGAAUGUCAAGCUCUCAGGGAGAUCAACAAGGAGUCAGGGUUUGUUUCAAAUAAAGGCACAUCUGCAGAGCAAGUUGUGCAGCUGCAGACACAUCUGCAGCGCUGUCUGGUGGAGAUUCAGCAGAGAGAUAUUGGCUUCCAGCAGCUCAACAUCAAGCUGCAGCAGUCUGUAGAGGAAAAAGCGGCCGUUUCUGCUCAACUGCGAGCUGUAUCUCAGACUCUAAGAGAAACCCAGCUCAGACUGAGUGAGCUACAGAACCGCUAUUACUGGAUAGCAAAUCAACAACAAAUCCAGCAUUCACCCACACAGGGUACAGUUUGUGUGGAAGUUGCUCCAGGAGCUCCUCAGGAAAUCAGCAGUGCUACAAGCGAUCUGGAUGGAUUGGACAUAAGAGAACUCAAAAGCAGACUGGCAGAAGCCGAGCUCCUGCUUGACUCAACACAGCAAAAUGUGUCUCAGCUCAACGACAGGCUGGAGGAAGAAAGGGUGCGGAGACAGGCAGCUGAAGAAGCACUGGGAUUUGCUGAGCAGAGGAUGAAGAGUAUGGAACCUAGCCCUUCUAGAACUUCUCAGCGAGACUUCAGUAUCCAGUUAGAGCCCGAGGACGAGUGGGAAGCUCUGAUUUUAGACCCGACGCAACCUCUGGUUAUGCGCACAAUGAAGAGUGGUGUCCACUCGUUCCGCCGCUGGUUACGAGGCCGCAGUCUUUACUGCACCAAGAUGCUGACUUCCAGAGCAAAAUCCCGCUAUUUCUUCCUGACCUACCUGCUCGUCCUCCAUAUCCUCGUCUUCAUGUGCUUCGCUGGAGCUUUAUAGAUGUUUCAAACCAAGGGCGCUUUACAUGCACGUACGAGAACGAGUGUAAUUUUCUAGUGUUGUGGUCAAAAAGGCUGAUAACCAAAAGCUGUUUAAUCAGUUAUCAAACACCAAUCACUUAAAUUAUUUAAUUUCUUAUCUUUUUUUUUUUCUAACAAAGAUAUCAAACAACCAUUUUACUGCAAAUCUUAGUAAAUAAAAAAGUUUUUUAGAACAUGAAGGACCACAUACAGCCACAUACUCCUUCAUUUAACAGUGUGAAAGAAUAGUAUUGCUAUGGAUUAAUUACUGAUGUAGUUAAUCAAUCUGAGGUUUUUUUAUAUCGACUGCCCCUAACUUCCAUUAACUCCUCUUUAUCAAGCAGAAUGUCUGUCAAAUGACUGAUUUCAACAGCAUCAGCUCUCUGUGUAUCAGGGCCUUUAUUCAUUAAUAGCUGACAGCAACAUACUCCAGUUUCAGUGUAAAUAUUUCUUACACGGCUGAACUAUCUAUCCGUCUCCAUGCUAAAUAUGGGAUUAUUCAGUAAUAAGGUUUAUCUGAGAGAUGUUUUGGUGUUUGGUAACUGAUUGCGUUUGACAGUUUUGACAGCAUCAGAUGUCAUUGUGUCCACUCAUCGAGCAUCUGUUAUUCUCGCUGCUGCUGCGGUUAUUGUACUAAAUGUUUAUUUAGGGAUUACAGACAGUGAAGCAGGACUCGGGGUGACAUUUUCUAAAACAGGACUCUAUAUCUACUGGUUAGGCCUGUGUUAAUAUUGCAUUUGAUCGUCAUAAUUGGCUAAUUUUUAAACAUGGUUUAUGGUCCUAGAACAAUAUACUUUGGGGGGAAAUAAAACUAAUAAAUCUUACUGCUCAGCGUGCUACGUUAUAUAGGCAGCACCGUACACAAGAGGUGUGACAAUAUUGUGCAUGUCAAAUAUUGCAAUAUAUAAACUCCAUUCUAUUACACACUUUCUCACUCUUUAACACCACAUGCACACGUGAUGAGAAAGUGCUGUGUAAAUAGUGUGUUUGUGUGGGUUGUGACUAGUGACACUACUCAGAGGUUUGGACACUGUGUGUGUGUAUUUAAUUUGACUGUAAAGAUGGUGUAAAACAUGGUCCAGGAAGCAUUAACGGUCUGCAGAAAGUAGUGUACGUCUUGCUCGAACAUGCCUGAUUCAGCUCAUCAGUUCCUUAACCCAAACCGCAUGCAGUGUUUUUUUGGUUUUUUUGCACAUUAGUAUGUUGAAGCAAUGUGUUUUUUUGCUCUAGCACAGAUAACAAAGCUGAUUAUUUCAUUACUCACUCACUCUAAUAUGAUGAAAACCUUCUCAUUUUUAUAGCUCAUCUUUUAUAGUGCAUUUUGGGUAAUGUAUAGUCUUAAAUCCUGCUUUCCAUGUGUUACCUUUUGGGGAAAAAAAGGCUUAAAAUGAUGGCAUUCUAUUAAAUCCAGUAAAUAGUAUAUUACAUAUAGGUACAGCACUAGGAACUAACACAAUGACGUACCGAAAUAUGAUAACUCGUCAACACAUAUAUGAAGUUAAAUACAUAGGGGCAUGUAGCAUGUGUGAUGUGGGUGUGUUCUAAGGGGCUGAGGUGAGUCCGAGCAGGAACGGCUGUGUUGCACAGAACACAGCUGGAAAACUGUUGCAAAGAACACUGCUAUAUGUUAUGCUACUGUGUGUGUGUGUGUGUGUGUGUGUGUGUGUGUGUGUGUGUGUGUACAUAUAUAUUCUACAGAUGAUGUACCAUAACACUGAAUGUUUACAGGCUGAUUUACUGUAUAAUGCUGUUCUACACUAAAGUGAUCUGUAAAUAUGGGAUGAUUUCAAGCUAAAAGGAUCUCUAUUUAAAAAUGAAAACUACUGAUGCAUUCAAAUUGUCCUAUUUUCUAUAUAGGGUCUAUUUUUGAGGAGAAUCGUUCGACUAGAGAGAGACUGUGGCUGUCCUUAGUUGGUGGGCUGAAAUGUGUGCAAUAUGGUGGAAUGUUUUUUUUUAUUAUUAUUUAAAUGAAGCGCAUUUUAAAUAAAGCUGUUAGAAAACUUUCUAUUGAAA